UAUCCGAUCUGUGCAUUACAGUAGCUCUCUCGCUUCGUAGAGCGACACUUCGUCAUUUUCGCAUUCGUGCGAAAUCCCGAACGAACAAGCGGAGCGAGCCGCGUCGCCAUCUUUAGGAACGGUACCGACUAUCUCCGCUAUCGCCGCCUGCUUCGCUUUAAGAGCUUAAAAAUCAGUCCGCGACUAUAAUAAAAGAAUUCGUGUGUUUAGUGCGAUAGCGCGUACUUUGUUCUCUAUCGCGAGAAGAUGCGAUACACGUUCGUUCGCGAUGUUCAUUUAAUACGUCCGAGUCGAAGUUUGUGGUGUGCGUGUCGUGUAAGUUGAGCAGACGACGUUUCACAAGCGUUCCGAGGGUUGAGAGCGAUCGAAACCGACGUCAUUCUCUCGUUCCGUUCGACCCUUGUUUCAAACUGUCGUUCUCGAGUUGCGAUUUAGCCACUCUGUACCAUUACUGUGAGAACCGACUAGUGUUUAGUGUUUUGAUUUGUCAAAGCAGUGGGACGAACACGUCAAAGAAAGUUGCUGCGGUGUAGGAGAGUACAGCGACAAGUUAAGGCAGAAAUAAAAAGAGAAGGAUAAGAAAGGAAAGACUGAGACAGCUCUAGUAGACGACGACAACGACGGGCUAGUACAAUUGACAGGAAAGAUGGCGCAAGGUGCGGACGAGGAUUAAUGCUGACCCAUUUUUCCGCGCGAAAUCGCUCGGUCUCGCUUCGUCGUACGAUUAAGGGACCACAAAGGUUCGUACCGAGUGCGAGAAGUCGUAUGGUUGUUAUUAAGUGAAUCGAACACUGGCGAAAAAAGGGAAGUAUAGUCCGCCAUCGGUAGGAGUGUAUCCGUCGUGCAGUGCGCGCGUGUGCCCUGUUCUUGCGUAAGUGUGAGUGCUCUCUCGGACGUUUAUAGGUCUCGUAGGGCCAGCAUUGACAAGUAACGGAUAGAAAGAUUGCGAAUCGUUCGGUGACGAUAGGAGAGAGUACGGAUAGCGGAGGAAAGUGGUAGAAGGUAGCGACAAUUUUGAAGAGAGUGGAGAUUGGCAGGGCCGUGGUAGGCUCGACUACGGAAGAGGGCAAACGAAAACGAAAACGAAGACGCGGUCUUCUGGAACUUCUCGAGCUGUGUAGAGCCCUGGCAGGCUCGUGUACGAGCGCGGCUGCUAAGAUGGGCAACAAUGCCGCGACUGCGAACAAAAAGGUUGACGCUGCCGAGAGCGUCAAGGAGUUUCUCGACAAGGCAAAGAAAGAGUUCGAGGACAAAUGGAAAAGAAACCCUACAAAUACCGCUGCCCUUGACGAUUUCGAACGAAUCAAGACACUGGGCACCGGCUCGUUCGGCCGUGUCAUGAUAGUGCAACACAAGCCGACCGGAGAGUAUUAUGCCAUGAAAAUACUCGACAAGCAGAAGGUCGUGAAACUUAAGCAAGUUGAACACACGCUUAACGAAAAGAGGAUACUGCAGGCGAUUAGCUUCCCGUUCCUGGUCUCGUUACGAUUUCAUUUCAAGGAUAACUCUUAUCUUUACAUGGUCCUCGAAUAUGUCCCAGGAGGGGAAAUGUUUAGCCAUCUACGAAAGGUUGGUCGCUUCUCGGAACCACACUCGCGCUUUUACGCGGCACAAAUCGUAUUAGCGUUCGAGUAUCUUCACUACCUCGACUUAAUCUAUAGGGACCUCAAGCCGGAGAAUCUGUUGAUCGAUUCACAGGGCUAUCUGAAAGUCACGGAUUUCGGCUUUGCCAAAAGGGUACAGGGUAGAACAUGGACCUUGUGUGGCACGCCGGAAUAUCUCGCGCCUGAAAUAAUUCUCAGCAAAGGAUACAACAAAGCUGUAGAUUGGUGGGCGCUCGGUGUCCUCGUCUACGAGAUGGCUGCCGGUUAUCCACCAUUUUUCGCUGAUCAACCAAUCCAAAUCUACGAGAAAAUCGUGAGCGGAAAGCCACGAUUUCCCUCGCAUUUUGGAUCCGAUUUGAAAGACUUACUACGUAAUUUGCUGCAAGUCGAUCUUACCAAGAGGUACGGUAAUCUGAAGGCCGGUGUAAACGAUAUCAAGGGUCACAAGUGGUUCGCCAGUACCGAUUGGAUAGCUGUCUUCCAAAAGAAAAUCGAGGCCCCGUUCAUACCGAAAUGCAAAGGGCCGGGAGACACGAGCAAUUUCGACGACUACGAGGAGGAGACGCUGAGGAUUUCGUUGACGGAGAAGUGUGCCAAGGAAUUCGCCGAAUUUUGAAUUCCCGCAUUCAUUCAACAUGGUCACACGUAUCGCGUAUACAUUGAUACGCGAUGGUUCGUCGCUCGCUGCUCGCUUUUCUUCGGGCGAGGAAUAUAGAUGAAGUAAGAGAGCGGGAGGAUGGGAGCGAGUAGUGUAAACGAGAGAAUGUAUUACAUGUAUGCAAGAUAGAAAGAAAGCGUAUACAGGUGUGUGCGUGCGCGUGUAUGAUCUGUGCGUUUGCGGGCACGCUCGAUGCAAUAGUUUUAUAGAGGAAGGAAGGAAGGAAGGAAGGAAGGAAGGAAGGAAGGAAGGAAGGUGGCUUAAAAGAGUCGAGAAACGGAAAGAAAACUAAGGUGGACGAGCACGUAAGAAGCAGAUGGCAGAUUUUGCGCUUUAUUUUGUGAUUGUGGACUUCUGAGGAGAGCGGAAAUGGAAAGAGUAUACGAAGGAAACACGGUAAUCGGCGUCGUUGAACGUAUCGAGAUUGACAGAAAUAAAAGAGAUAUAAUAUAUUGGAGAAAAUUACGAUAUAUUGCAUACACAGAUAUCAUAUAUAAACACACAUACACAUACGCGUACGCGUGUGCUCACACUCAUAGUCACUGUCACCACUACGACUUUUUACAAGGGAAACAUCUUUUUUUUUUUUCAGCCAAGUAACCGACAUUAUUGACGUAUGAGAAUGACGAUAUAUAUAUAUAUAUAUUUAUUUAUUAUAUAUAUAUAUAUAUACAUAUAUAUAUAUAUUUACACGUAUAUGUGUGUGUUCCCUAAGAUGGCUUUAUUAUCCGGUUUAUUAGAGGCGGCGUGUGUAAAGAUUGCUCUCGAUAAGUACUAUUAAUAUCGGAAAACGUCGUUUUGCCGGAAUUAUUUUGUACAUACAUCUAGUGUCCCUGUAAUCUUUAUGAAUGUUCCCCGACCCCCUUUUACACCACGCCCCUCUACUCCAUCGUCCUGCCUCUUUUAGCACAUACAAAGUUUAUAAAAAGGGACUUGACGGGAUAAAAUGGAUAUAAAAUACACCAACAAUUAAUUGUCAUGUCGUGCAUUGUUGUCUAUCUGUCUACGAGCAUUUUUCUCUUCAUUCUCGUUGGGAGAAAAGUUUUUGCCACGAUACGAACCGUAUUUAUAAUAGCUAGUCGUCACACGAUUAUUUUGCUGAAGUAAUAUUUAUAUGACUCGUUUUUCAUCGAUCGAGAAGGGGGAGAACGAGUGGGUGGGAGAACAGGGGAGAGAGAGAGAGAGAGAGAGAGAGAGGGAGAGAGAAAGGUAGACCUUUAUUAUAGCAUAUUAUGAAUCUUAUUAAAAGAAAAAAAAAAUGAAAAAAUACUCGUUAUAUACUGGCUACAGAUGCUCGUUGUUGAAUUAUAUUGUACCUUGCAUAAAUGAUACAGGAAAAACAGGAACGAAGAGACGAAAGGGAGAGAGAGAGAGAGAGAGAGGGAGAGAAAGAAAGAGAGAGAAAGAGCGAGAAAGUGAGAGUAUUUGUGAAAAUGCGAUCGACGGGAGUACGAGCAAAAUAAGGAUUCAUUUUUGGAAGGUUUUUAAUAGAGGACCACCGGCGUUCGUACAUAGAUACGUUAUAAGAGUAUUCGUAUAUAAUUAUAUCGCCUUAAGUUGCUGUAUGCAAAAAAAGCAACGUUAUCUUUUAUAUAGAGCUGCACUUUUAGUACGAAAUGUAAACGUAUGGACAAUCCUGUAUUCGUGCAAGAGGAAAGAGAAACGAACGAUGCACACGCGCGAUACGGCCAAAGGAAAUUGCGCGUGUACGUACACGUGGAGUGAAAAUUUCAUUGAACGGGAUAUAGAAGCGCGUUAAAACAUAAUCGCCAGAAGACUGUCCAAAAAAAUAAAACGAACGACGAAACCAGGGACAAAAACAAACGAAGGAACGUAAACGAAGGAGAACAAAGGGACACGAUAACGAAACGAAGAACAGCGGCAGUAGCAAUGACAGCGAGAGUGUUGUAUCGCUGAAAGACGCGUUUGUUAAUUUUUUCUUUUUUUUUUUUUUUUCCAAUCCAUUAAAACUACCUCCUUUCGAGAUGGAGCAUAUGGGAUACUUUACGGCAUCGUAUCUCGGCGGUAAUGAAAUUCAACGACCAGUUAACAUAAGGAACGCGAGAAUCAGAGAAUCACCAACACCAACGAGCCCUGAGCGUCGACGAUUGGACACGCGUCGAUCGUAUAAUGAGAAUCGAUUUUACAAUGAAACACGCACGAGAAGGUCCGCCACACGCGUAGCUUCGUUCCAAGCCACACACACACACACACACUGUGCGUAUAUAUUACGAAACUUUCUGCGAAUGGUUUCGCCGUGACGUAAGAUCGUCACUUGUGAUCCGAAUUCAAAGGGCUGUUCGAUUAUUACGCGAUAAGAAAAACGAUAAGAUUGAUCGUAGGCGCGAAAUAAUUUAAAUUACAGGGACGUCGUAUCAAUCCGAUUUCGGCGAAUUGGUCAAGGCUUUAUUUAGUUAACCAGCUAACCGUCGUUAGAUGCACGUAAUAAGAAAAAGAUAGAGAAUGCGCAACAUUCGGAUAAAUCUGUGGCCCACGUUGCGGUAACAUCGGGUAUACGAUUACCGCGGUUUCCAGUUUCCUUUAGCUUCGUCCAGUUUCGUUCUCUUUGCAAACGAGACGAAACUUAACGAUCAAAGUUGCAACCGAGCAAAAACAGGUAGAACGGGGCAAGGGAAACGUAACGGGUAACAAGUCAAAUCAUAACGAGGCUUACUUUUCCGCGUGCUUUGAACGUGCUCGUAUCUGGAUAUUCUCGAUAAGAGUUACAUAUAUAUGUAUAAUAUAUGUAUAUAACAUAUAUGUAUAUAUAUAUGUAUAUAACCUAAAAAAUACGCGUCUGUUUUUGAAUAGAGUUUCUUUCAACAAGAAUGUAGUAUGGUUUUUUCUAAAUUGAACACGCUGGUUCAUCGAUCAAAUGUAACAUCCACGAAGAAUUUUAUGUUUAAAGAUCGCAGUUUGGAAAACGCGAAAUCUUCUCUCUCUCUAUUGCGGUAAACGAGCGCGUCAUAGCAAUGCGCAAGUACAAAGAACUGGACAGAGAAAAGAAUGUAUGUUCUUUUUUGUCGCGUUGCUGACUUUUAGGAUGUAUAUUCCUUCUCUACCUUGAGUAUACACGUGUACAUUGUUCGCUCGCGUAUGCUGCAGUGCUGAAUAAAUAAAAACAAGAAUAGGCUUGGUUCGAACAAAGUAGCACGGAAGUUGUUGGCAAGGAAUUGCGCGAUCGAGACAGGUUAUGCUUUCAAAUCGUCCAAUUUUGGCUGGUAUUCUGUCCGCAUAUACACACACAUACACACACACAUGUAUACAAUGAAACGUUGAUUGCGGCGACACGACUACCAGUAUCGUGAUUAGCUUGUCGUUUAUUCCCGUUCUUCGAUAUUUGUAAUUUGGAGAAUGAUCAGAUGGCUGGUUUCGCUUCUUACGCGUAUAAAAUUCGUCUCUUUUCCACGUUUUACAAAAAACCGUUUCUCUCGAUAUAUCGAGAAAGAAAAACCUAUGACUCGGUAAAGUUGUUUGAAUAGCACAAAUUCAUUUCGCUCGGUAUUCCAAUCUCCAACUUGGAGCAAAUCGCCAUGAUUCGCGUUGGAACUUUGCUCGUAAAAGUUCCACGUUAUCUCACCUAUGCGCAUAUCGUUAUAGCUGAACGCUGUAAAUUUAGCGCACAUUGAAUCGCUCGAUACACGGCGAGUCGUACAAGCAGGAUCAGACCUAUCAAUUUCUAGAGCAAUUGGUUUAUAUCUUAUCGAUCUUAGUUCGAAGAUGUUUCCUCGUAUAUUUGUCUGGUUCGGUAAGGACAGCACGUUACAAAAGCUUCUUAAUCGAUAAAUCGGAUAAUCUUAUUAAUCGUACGAACGAGUUUCGUGCCGCGCUUCUUGUUACGGAUCUGUAUCCGAUUGAUUAUUCGUAACUGUCCUAGGACAACUACGAGGCAAUCGUUUAAGCUUUAUCGCUAUAACGCGAGGAUUCGAGGAGAUAAGGCCUCUUUCACCGUCGCGUAUUAUUUUCUGCGUUAUAGCUGCUCUACAAAUGGUUGUAGAUUACGGCAUCUUAACGUAGCGUUAAUGCGUUCGAACAAUAUUUAUUUUCGACGAAUAAUAACCGUCGAGUCGUAUCUGUGCGAUAAAAGUUACACAGGAUAGUUUCAUUGUAUUUUGAAAAUCUUGAAGAACGUGUACGAUCGUCGAGCGUACAAAGAUCCUUUUGUAAAUAUUAGUUGUAAGCGAUCGUUUAAAGCCACGUUAUACCGCUAUGUUUAUCGUAGUUUUGCCUCGUUAAGCGAUUCUUUCUCGUGAAUUUGCCACGGAACGUAUCGUCAAGUCGAUUCUCAAUUACGUAUCGCACUCCUCAACGUUAUCCAUUUCCACUCUUUCUUCUUCCAUUCGACGUGCAAUACGUGCCGUUAUUGCUCUAUUCGUAAAUAGAUCGUCCCUUGGUUCUUUCAAUAACCGUUUCGCAAUCGUUGACCCACGUGUGUCGAUAAAAUUUUAAACAAUCACACGUAUAAAUACUUACGUAAUCGUAUCAAAAGUAUCUUCGUUCAAGUUCAUAUCGUAAGUGGUAAAUUGCCUGCGUUACAGACGCAUACAUUCUGGCAAUAACACUUUGUUCCGCUUUGUGUUUGGUACUUUACGUUUGUCUUUUGUCUGCUAUCUCUUUGCACGAUUGUACCCGUCGAUCAAGGGAAGCAUCUAUUUUACAACUCGUUAUUAACCACUAAGCAAUCCUGUUUUCUUUUCUCUCGUAAAACUAGUCGAUCGACGAUAGAGCGGAAAUUUGUCAACGGUCGGAUAAUUUGGCAAAUAAGAGAACAAAAUUGUUAUUCCGUUCGAUGUUAAAAGCUCGAACGUACGGAAAUAUUUUAAGGUCUGCGAGUUUCAGACCACUCCGCAAAAUAAACUCUAGCAAAAAGAAAUUAAAAAAGAAAAGAAGAGAAGGCGCGUAUUAUUAUUUCGUAUAAAUUGUUUAAUUUGUGAUUUUUGUAUUACUUUAUUUCAUAUAAUUUGUUACAUAUUUUUUAUUGUUUCUUAUAUCGAUCGAAAUUUAAUUUGAUUUUUCCGGAACAGGGGAGCGUUUUUUCCACAGUUUCAAGAAUCGCGUAGUCGAAAGAUUGUUUUCUAAUUAUACAUUUUUCAAAGUUGUUUAUUUCUGUUACGUUACAUCGUAUUAUUACUUAAUAUUAGAUUGAAAAUCAAUUAUAUCCGCUGUUACUUUCUGUUAUUAAUUACUUGCUGAUGUACUUGCGUAGCGUGUGAUACAGCGACAGAAGCGGUCUUAAACUUCUCACUGAUAUUACACGCGUAUCGAUGGUUACUUUCCGUCUGUCACCCGUAUGCUCUCGAAUUGGAAUUAAUUAUUUAUUGAACGUAAAUCAAGCGCAAUUCCGCUCAUGGAAAGCGGUCAAUUGCGUUAUUUUAUUGUUUCAUCCAUUGUCAUGUAACGGUUUGCCUUCGAUGUCCAUUAAAAUAUCGUUGCACAGAACAGAACAGACGCAACGUUUUUGCUCGCAACGUAGCGUAUAUUAUUAAGAUACUACGCAGGAAGUGAAUCGGAUCGAACAAGACAACUUAUCUAAUCGCUGUUUUAAAUAUCUCGAGCGAAUUAUAACGAUCGGAAUCGUGGCAGUUCAUUUUUGAUACGUUUCUGUAUCUAUGAUGGUAAUAACGUUCUUAGUGGCCUGGCUUAUAACUCAGGAUAAUUUAAUCGGUACGAUUAGGAUUGGAUAAUUUUAUGUGUUGAUCUUCGAUCGGUAUCGUUGGGUUCUAGAUAAUCCAUAGCAAGGUAGAUUAAUUUUAGGAUACUUUCUUUUAAUUUGUAUUUUGUAUUUUAUGUGAUAAAGAUAGUGAUCGAUCGAACUAGCAUCGCUCGAUGAUCGAAGUACGAUACAAAUUAGAACGAAAUAUCCUAAAAUUUUGUAUAAAUGUGACGCUAACGUGGUCAUUUCUCAUGCGAUGGUUCCAGUCGAGGGUUAAAAAACCUACAUCGCUCGAAAUAACAAACGGAAUUUCAAAUAAUUUCAUUUCGUAGGAAAUUAAUUCUGAGAAUAGAUUCUGCUUUGCUGUCUGUGUUAUUUUACGAAUGUUCAUCUUCUCGUAUAAUAUUACUUUGUUAUUUCUUUGGAAAGGUAAUAUCCGAAUGAUCGUGGUGAACGGAUUUCGGAUAUUCACGGUGACUUUGCAUCUCAAAAAUAGCUACCCAACGUCUUUAUAGCCAGUAGCGCAGUGUCCUAUGGGUAUCCAAAAUUAAAAUAAGGUUUGACCUGUUUCAUCGAUCUGUUUUUAUGUCGGAAUAUUCAAGCGCCACGGCAAUUAUUAUUUUCUCGAAAUCCUGUCUCGUAUUCAACUUGGUCCGGUCGAAUCGACUUUUAUCGAUUUUUCUCAAUACGAUUUAUACACGAUGUUAAUGAGUAAAAGAAUCAGCUUUAUCCGUCGGUUAGUAUCUUCGAAGCUAUUUGUUUUUACAUAAAAUAAAAUAACGAACGAUUUUCAAAGUUUAGCGUGAAACAACGUUCGAAUCGAAGCGUAAGACAAAUUUGACAGAACACGUGUCACUGAAAUAUUUAUAAAUGUAAAAAUACCUACCAAUCAACUGUUCACCGAUACUUUUGUAUUUUUAUAUUUCACCAUAACGGUAGUAUUGGUAAAAGCAAAUCUCUUUGAAGAGCUUGGGGGAAUAUUGGCAUGAAAUAUCAGGUUUGGCGGAGACGGUGCAGUUUCGAAUUAAUAAAUUCAAUAUUCAUGAAACGGACACACACACACACACACUCUCUCUCUCUUAGCCGACACAUUGGUUCUUCCCUCUUCGUUUAACGGACAAACUGUUGCGACGUUUUAAUAAGAGAAUCAACGAAGAAGGAAGGGGGAUAGAGGUUAAGAGAGUACUCGAUAAUAUCGAACUGCUACGAUAGAACGUCGGCGAAUAUAUGGACUUGGAAAUUUUCCCAUCAUCGUAGUUUUAUCAACUAGUAGCGAACUCAACGGUAAUUGAUAUUACCUUUGUCCUUUCUUCGAAAAUCGAUGUGUUUGUCUUGCGCUCUAUAGGUUGUUAAAUCUACCGAAUAAUAACCAGUGCAAUAGUAAUUUAUACAUAUGAGAUAUUAGGACGCGUCUAUUCUGCCGCGCGUUUGUCUUUAAAAUUCCAACUUUCUUACGGUUUAUCGUGUGAAUUUCCAGCCGUACUUUCCUUACGUAAUACAAUAGGACAUCUUCCUUCGCAUCGUUACGAGUUUUAUCGAUUUAUAUUUUGUAAACCGUCGACGAUUGUAUCGAAAUAUUUCUACGAAGAAAGAUACGACGAUGAUCCUGGAAGGUUACUUUCCGCUCGUCGUAGGAGUCGCAAUCGGAAACGCUUAACAUUCACGUUCAUAUUUUUCUAUGAAAAAUCGACGCUGCGAGAUCGUCGUGCGCACAAGCAAAGUUCGAUAAAGUAGUCGAGUAAAUUCCGUUGUAAUAUGCAAACUAUUUCUACGUAGAACGAAGAAGGAUUAUUAUUUGGAAGAAAGAAAAAGGGAGAAGCGCGGAGGUGAAGGCAACGAAAGAGAACGACGAUCUUAAAGAGCGAAGCGCGUACCGCAUCGAACGUCUAUGACAACCACCGCUCGUAAAAGUUACGAUCGGGCUAUUAACGAUCAAUUUAGUUUGAGACAAGGCGAGCGUGGUAGUAGUUAGGCGGUGUGCCAUUCUUCGGAAAUAACUUGCAGUGUAUAAAGAUUUCUUUAAAAUCUACGUGCUCGCAGAUUAUUUUCAUACGGAGCUUUGUAAACCGUGCGCGGUAUUGAUUUAUCGAUCAAAAUUCCGUUUCGUAUUUAUUGCUGUAAUAUCCGUUUUACAUUAACGGCGAUGUCUGGUCGAUUCUUUGUUUGCAUAUUGUAAUUUUAGAUAGGGAACGCGUAAUCACGUUUUUUUGUUAAUCAACGUAGAGAAAAUUUUUACGAAUUCCGCAGAGUUCGCGAUAGAUAAUUGGAAAUGGUUGUUGUUCGCGCGGUGGAACAGUCGGGCAGAAUACGUAAAACCGCGCGGUAAUUCGUAUCGAUUUUUUGAAAUGGUCGAACGACGUUCGAGUUGUUCGAUCUGUUUAAAUUUCUGAAAUUCCAUCGAAGUUUUGAACGAGUCGUUUAAAAAAAGUUGUCCGAUGUUACGCCAAGUUUUAUUAGCGAUCGACGUCGAGUGUUUUAUAAUUCUUCGAAGUAAAACGUUCGAUUAUUCGUAGCAUAGAAUUCCUCUGAUCGGAAGACGAAGAGCAAAGUUGCGGAAUGAAACACUUUGAAAGAAGCCAGCUUUAACGAAAUGCAUUCUUCUUCUCUUCUUUACAGAUCUUCGAUUUUCCAACGAUUUACGCGUCUCUUUGUCGCUUAAUAUCGAAAGUUGCUCGUCGUUCGUUAUCCUUGGUAUUCUGGUAUUUUAUUUUAUCUUUGGCGCUGGAUUGCCGCGGUAUUGCGUCACAGAGAAUCGUAAUGCGAUACAAAGAAUCGCAGAAAUACGCUUGUACCAUUUAUACUUCUCACGUACAAUUCCAGGCUGCUUUGUUUUAAAGCGAACGCGUCGUUUCGCCUCUUUCGUUUCUCGCUACUUAUCGUCGGACAAACGAUGGAAAUUAAGGAAUUCGAAGGCUAUGGAAGCGUCUAGCGUGGUAAUUACGAUCGAUGAGAUGAAAAUUCAGAGGCCUAAAUUGCUGUCGCGCAGUGCGGUUCUAUUUGAUUUGAAUCCGAUUAAAAAGGUUUCGUCGUUUCGUCCGUUUUCGGUUGUUUCGCCUGCAACGCCAAACUCAUUUCGCAUCGUAACGGAUAGCGAUUGCGACGUCACGGUUAUGCUUCGUUCGUUGGAAUAUUCACAGUGCACGUUCUCGAUAGGUGUGUAAUUGCGGGAUCAAAGGAAAUGAAAAUUUACUUUGCUAUUUAACGGAACAUGGAACCCUCUUCUCUAUCAAAAUCUUUAUUCCACAAUUUCUCUUAUACGUUCGUUUGUUUUGCCGGAUUAGGUCGGAAGUUGUGCCGAUGUAAUUCCGUUUUAAUGGAAAUAGAUUUGUAAAUAAAAGUCUACGGACGUUCUUCCAUCGUUGAAAAUCUAUUAAAGUUGCUCGAUUCGUAGAAAUGUAUAGCGCGUUCACGCGUUCUAGAGAGAUAGCUGUAGGAAAAAGCGGCAAAACUUUCGCAUCGAUAGGAUCCGCCGCUCAUCUUCGAUCUCUUGAAAUUGAAAUUCGUAAGAGUUUCCCAGCUGCGACUAAUUUUACCGUAUGCAAUUCGAAACUACGUUAUUUCCUUUUAUCCCGGGAAUUACGCGAUUAAAUCCACUUUCCAGCGACCCAGGCAAUGCCAUUGCGAGUGUAGAGUCGUGUCUUUUUUAUAUCAAGUACAAGAUUAUUUGAUCCGGCUUGAGAAGUAAUUCCGACUUAUUCGAUCAGCAAGGUUAUCAAGCGCGCAAAGAAGAACUAUCCUUAGUAAAUUAAUCGUCGGGCCUCUCAGCCGACGUUCCUCAUCUGUGGCUGUGCUCACGAUAGUGUUUCUGCUUCUCGGAUGUUAUCGUCGCUCGUCUUGAUAUGUAGAUAGUCGCUAUCGACGCUUUCGACGCGAAUAAACCGCGUUAUCUCAUGCUGAUACCAGUGAUGCUCGUUAGCGAGCGAGGCUUCGAUCCGCUUCCUAGUUGCGCAAGGGUUACGCGUACCAGGUUAUUUACGUUGCGCGUCUCCCGGUUUAUGGGACCAAACGUCCCCGUGACAUCCUCGCCGACAUCUCGAGGAACCGCGAUUUUCCACACACUCGGCCAAACUUUGUCUCCUUGCUGGCUCGUAGUUUCCUUCGUCAAACUGAAAUUCGUCAAACGGAAAAUUCGUUAACCGGCGUCGCAAGUAUCGCUUCGUCGAGGUGGCAGUUUCCACUCUUGGCGAAGUUCGUCGUUAUUCUUCUUGACAUUUUGUCCAUCGAACGGACAAGCGUCGAAGCUGACUACGCUACGAUGCAACUAGUUCUUGAAAUCGCAUCGUAAGUUCCGAUCGAAUGGGAUUCCAGUUAUCGUCGAUGGGACGCGAUCGGCAUCGACGGAACGUCGAGAAGAUUUCGGAAGUUGCGAAAAAGUUAAAAUUCCAAGACCUUCGCGGAAACUUGGGGGUUGCGUGUGAUCAGCGAGUGAUGUUGCACCGAUUCUUGCGAAUCUUAGGAGGAUAUCGGCCAGGUGUCUCUUAGAACGGAAACUCCUCUUUCGGUAAGCUUUGUGUUAAUUGGUAGCGCGUUCGAAGAACGAAGCCGAGAAACCGCUUCUUCGUAUCGCGUAUCCUGGUCCGUUUCAACGACAUUCCACUUCUCGUUGACCGUGAAACACGGAGACGACGGUUGAACACCGACAGUUCGUUCCAUCCGCGCGCGUCGGCCGUUUCGUUGAUCGACGAAUCGCGCGACUUAGAGUUUUGGAAACGCGCUAAAUCGACGUUCGAUCGAUACAGAGAGAACGACGUUUUCUCCAUUAUAAGCACAGGGAACUAACGACCAAAACGAACGUCAGAUACGACGAAGUUGACAAGGUGAAACAUCGCCGUUCUAAAUGAGAUGACACGGUUACCGUUGAAUCCGAACACAGUUUUAGAAAUAUUCCUCUGUCUGAUGCGUGACGUAGAAAACUAGAAUCCAAGUACGCGAGAUUUUCACCGGAUUUUCACGCGUUUGUGCGUCCUAACGAUAUGGACUUUUUUUCGUCCACAGGAAUUUUCUUGGCGAAUAGUUUGAUCUGCUUCCUUAGUUCUUAUCGCGAUUCGGAUUUUCGAAGGAAUCACAUUCGUGAAUUUCAAGUAGUCCGAUCAAUUGUCACGCGUUUCUUUUUUUUUCUUUUGCUUUACGAAAGCGUCCAUUUCGGGGAAUUUAUCAUCGAGUUUCGCAUCUUUAGAAAUCCACUUUGUACGCGUUUCGUCCUCGCAACAAACGAUAGGAUACAACGUAGCAAGUACAAUCUCAAACUUUUAAUCGUUAAACGUACAAAUUUAUUCUGAUUUCAUGGGAUACGUAUCAAUCGUGCCGAUAUUCGUAAAUACGACUUUAAACGACGUCCGUGUUUCGAUUCGCGAGUUUCUUCGAUUCCAUUCUAUUUCUAUCGCCGCUUAUCUCGCGUUUAUUUAGCUCGUCGUUGUCUGAUUGCGUAAUAGAUAAGCGUACGUCGUGUUGGGUAUCGUAGAACAUUGCAAACACGAGUAAAUCCUAUCAUAUUUCUUGGAAACAAUAUUUAGUUGGUCGAUUAGUAAUUAUCGCACGAUAUAUAAUGCGCGUGUAAUUAUCGGAAAAUAUCCAGUCGCAUUUCCUUUUCGCCAAGUCGUCAAGCAAAACCAAUUAGUUUCGAGGAUUGAUCGAAUUGCUGGACAAUUUUUGCCAAACUAACAUCUAAGAGAGGUAUUUGCUUUCGUUUCUCCUUCUAGAUACACGUAAAUAUUUUUCUACCUGCGUCGAUUAAACGGAACACACGAUCUUCGACUCUUCUGGUUUUUAUCGGCGCACGUGCGUUGCCGUCGUCGACGUCACCUCGGGAACGCGUUACCGAUAACGACCUCGUAAGUUGUAACGAUUUUCGAUCGCGCGAUCAGAUAAGAUCGCGUUCGAGUAAGAAGCGCGCGAGCAACUGUUUUGAUCGCGAAUAUUCGACGCAAUUGUAACGGCGUUCUCCAUCCAUCCGUCGAACGCUUGACGUAUCGCGUGAUUUUAGUAUGGCGAUGUAACUGGAACAGCGAGGACGGUCUUCUAUCGGAAGGAAGGCGACUUCGAUUCAAAGCCAAGUACGUAGUUUCGUUGGAACGUGGUUCUCGACGUGUUCGAUCGGCGACGGAACAACGAUAUCUCGAGUUCCCUUCUCUUUCUCUCGUCUACAUCCUGCACGAUCAGUCCCGAUAUUCCCAACGAUCGAGAAAUCGAGUUGACAAAGUCUCGCACUUUACCCGUCGAAUUAUUUCGCGCUGUUCGCCGUUCGUCCAGGAUCCCCGCAUUCGAAUUUGCCGUCCGUGGCAAAUAACGUAUCGCGUUUGAGCGUCUCGUUAAAUUCGGCAAAGGAACCGUCGAAGCGAACGCACGACGUUUUAUAUUUUAUAUAUAGCAUUCUCGUUACGGAGAUAACGCUGGACGCUUUAUACAGCAAAAGCGACGAACGUCGGUCGAUUCGACGUUGGUCAACGAAACGACGCGUCGUCGUAUUCAGGGAACUUUUUUUCCAUUUUCUGAGAAACAGACGUAUCCGAUUUCUCUUAUUUUCGAUCGCCGCGGCUAUGUUUCGAAAAGUAUCAUCGAAUAACGUUUACGAUGGAAUCAACGGAACUUUGGAAACGUCGGUUCGCCAAUUUGUAUUCUAUUAUUUAUGCGUUCUGUGGAAGUACGCUUAUGUCCGCGAGUACGUGUUUCGUGCGUCGCGUUUGCUGCGUAUAAGACAAAGUAAGCGUUUUUAUCUGCGAAAUAAAAGUAGGUGGGAGCCUUUUAUGCUUGCACAUAGGCAAAGUAGUCAGCCUUGGUGAAGUUCGUUGCUUUUCCCUACGCAAUGUCUCGACCUCUGAAGGCUACCUGCGUUCGUUAGGCGUUCAACCGCCCGCAGAACUUUUUUGUCGUCGCCAACGAACGAAGCCGUUUCGCUGGCCUCGUUAAUCUUCCCUUCCAAAUGCGGAGACGAGGAAGGGCAGCCCGUUCGACGGUUGAUAUUUCGCGUCGACGUCUUUGUUCUCCUGCGUCGAAUACGAAAGUAGAAGGCGAAAGUGAUUGGAAUUUCAUCGUUACGGACAUGGUGUGCAAUCGUCGUUGCAAUAUUCACCUUUACCUCCAUAAUUAGUCGUUGUUAAGUUUGAGUUUUCUAUAACUUGAUCUUCUUUUUACUUACUGCGAAACGUUCGCGCUUAAAUACGAUCUUUCAUACUUAUUUUAAGAAGAGAUACGAAUAUGUUGCGAAAAAUAGGUUUUUCAAUUUACCUUCGACAUUUUACUCUCAGUAUCAUUUACACUCUCGUUACUUAUAUCAACUUACCUAUAUUAGCUUCAAUUACCUCUUCGUCUGCAGUCAAAUCUAAUUCAACCGAUACCUAAUUCCCAUUUUAAAUUAGAACGAUCAAAGCGUUGCUCAGUAUUAUGUUUCCUUUUGAUAUACGGUGGCUAGGAAAAGUAUUUGCGCUUCGCCUUUUAUUUAUUUGUAUAAUAUGAAAUUUUCUUGAUCGUACGAACGUACUGCUAAAUUCUAGCAAAUUGAAUAAAUACAAAAUAUCGAUAAAAUGGAUAGAAAUGUCACGGUAGAUUCAACGAUACGCGCAAAUGUCUCUUCGCAGUCGCUGCAUAUUUGAAACUUUUUCUAGUAAUAUUCAUGGCGAAUGGUUUUCUAUGAAACUAGAAGUAACAUAAGCGUUUAAGAUACGACAUUUAUAGUACCAUGUAUACUUAACAAGUUGGCCGAGUCUCUUUCAGACGACACCGUUAAAUGGAUUAAUACGUGGAAUAUCCUGAAAACGCAUUAGAACGGGAAAUUGUUAUCGAAGUUGCGACUAGAAUUAAAAUUAUCCCUCGUCCCAGAGCACAAUUAUCCAGCUAUACUUGGUCGGUAGAAAUAGAUUUUCCGAUCUAACGUCUCGAUCUGAAGUCGGAGCGUUAACUGUGUGCUUUAACUCGAGCAAUAGCUACGAUAUGCCGUCGUUAGUCUCUAUAAUUUUAUGCAUCGACCUCGUGUCUGGCCUGCAGAUGCGACGCUCGGUAGCGAACGACCAUUGUAAUUAUUCGAUAUUAGCCGUGCUGCGUUUUAGUAUCGACACUUUGCAGUUUCUCGAGUCGUUUAACGAUAAAUCAAUUACCACGAACCUCAAACGUUACGCUUUGUUAAUUAACGUUCUUUAACCUACGAAUAAUUUUUUCUGCCAAAUCUUUUCGAAAUAAUUUCGAAAAAUCGAAGAUCGCCCGAUUGCAAGCUGCGCGAUAAUCGCCUUCGUAUAGUUCGCUGGCUAUUAGUUCGAUGAACGUACAUGUACUUAAAUGCUUCGACUUUGCGAGAGUGUGUGCUCAACGCGAACCGAAAUGAUUCAUCGAGGCCCGCCUCCAACUUGUACUUCACCAUGGCGCAUGUAUUUAGAAUUCCUAUUUUGUUUCGAUUUUCUUUCGAGGGGAUACGAUUUUGUUCCGCAGCUUCGUAUUCGUCGCUCGCGUUCGGAUCGGAUCAACUAAAACUAAAAUCGAGGAAGAUUGCAAGGAGAAGAGGUCGGAGCAAAGGACGGGUAAUGCAAAUUUCUGCCAAAUUCCUCUUUGUCUCGGAGACAAGGACGGAUCGAUUCUCUUAGCCCGAAUAUUUCUUAAAUGGCGAUAUUUCUCGUUAGGCCGACGAUCGAAGGUUCCAACGACACAAAAUUUGCGCUUAAUUUUACGGACUACGGUGUACGCAUGGUUUCUUUCCAAACACUCGUAUUCUUUUAUAGGUCUACGCUGUUUCGAGCGACGAUUUCGAGAUUUCGGUAGCGAUCGGAGAUAGAUCGCAACUGGUCAGUCUGGACACGGUUGGUCGGGUGGAUAUUAAGCUGGCUGGUUAAUUUCUAUCUUAUUCGAACGGAAUUGGUAAACGAAAGACGGGAAAAUCGAUCGAUAGCUUCUUGUCUGUUCGAUGUAAAAUCGAAGAUUUAAUAAAUUCGUUGCGAACGUUUAGGUUUUGCUCGAUCUUUGUCAAGUUCCUUGCAAGUUCUAGAUCUGCUAGCCAAAUGUAAGACGAGAUAAGAAAUUUCCAAGUUCUUUUCGUUGCAUCGCAGUGGCAUUAAAAGCUCGUCCUUUUAUUUAUGUUUCGCCUCGUUGUCCUUUAGGGUGACUCGUCUCUUUCCUGCGAAUGACACGUAACUGGAAACGUCGCGUACAAAGACAAUCGAGACUCUCGGGGAAACCUGACGGAACCUCGUUCUCGACGAGAAUCCUAAUAUAUAUCAUAUAUAUCAUAUAUAUAAAACGUAGAUUUAAUUCAGUUCGUCGAAGCGGAGAAGUAAUCGUCGUGGAUUUUUCAUCCGAAUUUUCUCCGGAUCUUCUUCAUUUGGAAAGGAAAGAACGAUCUGGUUGUUCUCGAUAGACGGUUUCGGUUUAACGCGUACAAUAUUUUUAGCCACUUCUUCGACCAGUCCUUACGUUCGUUCUUCCUGAUCGACGUUUCAACUCUUAAUUAGCGUUAGAUAACUACGUUCUCGCUAGGUAAUACGUGGAAUACUUGUAACGUUAACUUAUCGAAUCUCGCAUCGAGUUACGUACGUAAUUACGACUUGAAAAAUACGUAAAUAGAUAGAAGAAGUCGUUGGUAAGAUGGAUUUAGACCAAACAUAAUGUUUAUCGGUACUUUGCGUGAGCACACGAGCCGUUGCUUGUAACAAAAAUCUCGUUAUCAUCGAGUGGAGAAUCUCAGGUGUCAGGGCAGGGACAGGAGGACGGUCCUUCCACCGCAUUCAUCCAAUUUACUUUUCUAUGCUCUUGUACAUGUAAUACACGCAUACAUACGUAUACUUAUAUAAAUAUAAUACAUUAAAUAAGCGUACGUAACGCUGAAACGAGGAGAAAAUUCUAUUAUAUCGCCCCUAUUUCUAGUCGUGACCGGGAUAUUAAGGAUCGAAGCGAACCUUGUGAACCUCGAAUAGAUGUAACGCGUAUCUAAUAGGAAAUUACGUACCUCGGAGAGAAUUACACACCGUCCAACACCUUCCGAGUCGUACGAAACUUGUAACGAAUUAAUACGAUGGAUUAAGACGGGAAAGAAAAGAAAUUACGGAAUACCGAGCGGCUGGGAAACGAUAGUUUCUCGCGUUACGAUUCUUACCACGUAACCGAACAAGCCGCGCUUUUCUUUGAACAACGGCGACUUAUUCCUUCAAUUUACCGAUGACGUUCGUUUUGCGAAUUAACGUUACUUAAAAAAUUUACCAGAAUCUCAAAGGCAACGGCGUUGGUUCGUCCUUAGGUUGCUCGAUAACGGGUAACAGAUAUUAUUUAUUCUACGGUAAUUUCAUUACGUACCAAUUUAUGUCUCUUCGAGGUAUUUACUCGCGAUAACGAGAUAGAUAGGUACGAACGAGAGGGUAUACUUUUGUCGUGCGUCGUUGGCAAUCGAAUUUCGAAGACGGAUGCGAACGACGAUAAUUGGCGUUGCGCGUGUUUUCUUGGUAAAAGUAAACGGUCGUUCACGGUCGUGCAAAUAAUUCGAACGACCGUCCGAAAUAUCUACGCCUGUGUAAGAAUGAAAUACGCGUGUGUACAGAGUGGAAGAUGCUUUUACCUACGAACAAGCUUCUCUUAUCGUUCGAUCGCAGUUAUUCGUCGUCGUUGCGGACUUUUCCUUUUCAUCGAUAACGUGCACCGAAUACGCGACUCGGUCGUUAACAGGUACGAUGACGUAACCAGAGGAUCAAAUUCCUUCGAAAAUUUUUGCUUUCUGCAACGACGUAGUUUUACGAAGCGGCUACCGUCGCACGCCGUUGAAAAUAUAUUUCAAGAAGUCGGUCGUUCGAUUAAUCCUCGUGCGCCGCUCGUUUUCUCCGCUUGAUGUUCGUCCUUUGGUGUUCGGUCGGAGCACACAAUGACAAAACAUCGAUACAGCGAGGAUCAAUGUAACGACCGGUCGAGUUUGCAAAUUCUCUUACCGAAGACGAGAGGGAAGUACGAGGAUUAACGAUCAACGAUAUUUCCGCGAAAGAGUAUCUCUUAACGACGUUCGAAGAAACAAGGUUGUUCCAACAGUCGCUAAGGUGUAACAUCGAAGAGAUCGUUGUUUGAGAAUCGCAGCAUCGUAUUUUCGAACGGACCGAGCGUCGCUCGAUCGUGUAGCUCGCGUUAAUUAACUGUUUGGCCGAAAAUUAAUUGGCAACGUUCGACGAAAAUUAAUUAACUCGUAUCUGCGAUAUCAUCUGGUUGUGUCGUUGCACGCGUAUCGAACGCUUCCAAUUUCUCCUUUCUAGCUUCCUACGUACGUUGCCUCGUCGACGAGAUAUACGUAUGCAGUUGGAAAGAAUAAUUCAGAGGCUGGACAAGAGCAGGCGAUACGACGAACACGAGUCGUGGCUCGUGACGCGUCGAGGCUGAGUCGCAUGAUUUUUUUCCCUCUUAUUUUUCUGUUUUAAACGUGCAAUUUGUCUACUCGUCGUAAAUGAAAACCGAUUCUCUCCGUGAUUCGACCAUUCUUUUCCAUAGUGCGUCUCUGUCGUCGUUUCGCGUGGUCGACACGCGUUUAAAGCUAAUUGCGAAGGAAGCGAAUAUUUGGAAGAAAACGGCAAAAGGGGUAAAAACUCGGAGACGAAGAAAAGAGGAGGAAAAUCGGACCGUUCAGCCUUAGCCCGAAAAUAGACGCAACGUACAGCGAUAGCGAGAUCUAGUAAAACGUGGCAGCAGAUAGCCGCGCUUGUAUUGAUUUUCCGCAGUCACGAGUAAAGUACACACACGUACGAAAGAGUGUCGUUCGGCCGCUUCGCCGGGAAAUUCGCAGACCGAUGAUACGUUAUCGAUAAUUUGGAAAUUUGUACCGGCGAAUCUAGAUGCGGCUCGUCCGCGAUAAUUUCGGAGAUUCCGCGUACGCUGCCGCCCCGUUUCCGGUACGCCGAUUUUCCGAGAUCCGGGCGCGUGGCGACCGGUAAAUUCAGGAAAUCGUGCCGCAUCGAUCGUCGACGACGACGACAACGACAACGGUAACGGCAACGGCGCAACGUCGAACGGAAGCGUGUCGUGUGUUUCCGAUCGAUCGACGAUUUCGCCGAGUCGUUGCCGGAAGUUGGACGUGGCGAUCUCGACGCUGUCGUGCGUGGCGAAAGAGCGGAGCCCGUGAAUUCUCCGGGUACUUUUGUCGUCGGUAACCUCGAAACGUUGGCCAGAUUAAACACGACAGUUUCGAGAUUCGCCCGGUUGGCCCGUGCAAUUAGGGCUAUUAUUAGGGUAUUUCGUAGGAUUAGCCAGUGACGUUCGAAUUGCUGUCGAUGGUUGACCAGUGGAAAUUCGGUUCGAUAAUCCCCUUGUAAUAUCGAUGGCGAAUUUCGAGGCGAAAUCGGAAUUCGAAAGCGUCGUCAGGCACGCGAGCGUCGUUGUCGAUCUUUGCCGCGAAAGCUUUUGAGACGCCGCGUGCUACGCGUUUCCGGUUCGUGUAGAUAUCGAGAAAACGCUUUACGCUGAGAAAACGUUAUUUUCACGGGUCGGCUUUCCACCGACCCUGCUGCCGCGUUUACCACAGGCGCACCAAUCAAAUCUCCACGUACCUUUUUCUUAUAAUAAGUAGGCUCAAAAUGAUUUCGCGUAGCGAUAGCAACGCGAGUCUCUCCUUCUUACGUAUCGAUGGCCGUGCAGAGAUUUUAUCCGUGCAUGGAACGCAACGUAAGCACCAUGAUCGUUAUAUAUAUACGUAGGUAUACUGCGUCGAAAACAAAACCACGAUUGCUAAAGAUAAAAAAAAUGAAAAAAAAAAAAAAGAACAAUGGAAAUAUUAGCUUGUUCGUUGAUAUAUUGUUGCGUCAAAAAUUACGUACUUGUGAAGUAAUUUAUGUGUACCGCGAUAAUGGGUGACGCGAUAAAAAUUCUUGCGAGUAUAGAAAAUUCGAAUGAAAAAGAGGAACGAAAUUUAAGGGCGGGAGGGACAGGAGGGAGGGGAAGAAAUCAAUACCAUCGCUAUUUUGCAUCAGGAGUAUUGUAAAACGGGGAAUUUUCCUCGCCUUGUGAUCAUUUAUGUUUGUAAAUUGUAGCCGACUUACGAUUCCUAUAAUACGAUGUACAUGUACUCUAGACACUUGGAGAAACGGACUUGUAUUAUUUUAUUCUUAGCACUCGAUGAUGAGUUACGAAGUUUCGUUGAUGAAUAUACUAAUCUCAUUUUUGUAAAUAUUAAUUUAAAAAGAAAUAAAUAUUAUUGUAAAGAUUGUAUAAUUUAAACCAUCGUUACGUUUUUACCGAUUUCUCUCAGUCUGAUCGUCACUGCACGUAUUCCUUCCAUCCUUCCUCUCCGUUGCGCUUUUCAUUUUCUUUCCAUUUCUUUUCUUUUCUUUUCUUUUCUAUUCCCUUUUGUCCGUCGAUGCUGCGUGAAAUAUCUUUCCUCUCUCGUUUCAUGGAAGCACAUAAAAAAUUUGGCAAUUCUUAUUGGCAAUGACGCGUCUUUACCGUACACUGCUGGUACGCUUUUCAUUUUGCAAGUAGCGGCGAAACCUUCACGGUAUCGUAUUUAUUUCCAUCAAUACGUAACGGAACGUCCCUCUUUCUCUUUUUAGUUUAAGCACUUUUUAUCCGCAGGGAAGAAUAAAGUGAAAAAUGCGUGCAGUGUUUAGAAUUUAUUUGUGCGAUUACGUUUCAUCGUGCGACCACGUUUCCCAUUCUGUGAUCGACGAACGCGUUCUAACGAAACAUUGUUACCGUUGAUUCGACAACGAUAAUAGGCGUUACGCAUCUUAAAAUCCCGUAAUCGAAGAAGUUAUCGUUGAACGCUUCUUUCGACAGAUAUAAAGGAAGCGCAUACGUUGAAACGUUUGUCAGUUUAAAGAUAAAAUAAUUUUUAUCCGACACGGAUGACUUAUGUGAUUACAUUAGUGUCUUAUAAAUGUGAUACUUGACGACUAAAGAAAAAUAUUUGCGACAAGAAUGUAUUAUAUUCAAGAGUAUUAACCAUAGUAUUCUUUUUGUUAAUAUCUUACAAGUUUUCUGUAUUCCGAUUAAAAUUAGUCCAAUAGAAUUGGUCUUUUCUUUUUCUUUUUUUUUUUUUUUUAAUCAAACGAUAUUUCUACGUUGUACUAUGCGAAUAAAAUGUGACAUAUUUAUUAAAAGGAAUAAAAAGUUUCGGAGCAUAAAUCGAGUCGCAAGAAAGGUAAUUUGCGCGAUAUAUUAAUCUCUGAUUCUUCUUCCAAUAUAUUAUUUUUUUUCGCCAUUUAGAAGCGGUAAUAUUUCCUGAAUUUUAAAAGUCGUUUUAGUAGAACUUUGCUACGAUAUUUCAAAUAAUUUCCUUUUUAUAAUUUUCUUUCGUUUAUACACGUCUAACGCGUUUAUUACGUAUCAAUAAAUUUAAUCAUUACGAAAUUCGAAUAAUAACACGGACAAAGAAGUUGCGAAACCACGGUAUUAUCGAAUUAAACAGAAUUCGUACAUCUAUCAAGGUCCGUAAGUGUUUUAAAUCAUUAUAUUCCAUCGCGUGUUUCCUUCAGCUCAAUGCUACGAGUUACAUGUGCACUCAUAAAAUAGGAACAAAUGCAUCGUCUUAUAUAAUACACGUAACAUCGUUAUUUUCAGUAACUGCAGAUACCAAGCCAUCGUUGACUCUCAAUAACCGCGUACGGUUCUACGUUUCUUCCCUUUUACGUUUCCAAAGACUCGAUCCUCCACGAUUUAUAUACAUCUUCUCCCCUAACCGUCAAGGCCGAAGAACUUUUAUCGCAAGUGAAAAUUCAUCGCGGCACGUCCUUUUUAAUUUCGAAGGAAAUGGGAUUAAACGCUCUAUCGUUACUCGAUACUACACGACGGUAACGUUAAAAUAAAAAUCGCGUGGCGUGAAAUAGCCUUUAGGCGUUAGAUUUCUUCGAAAGGUAUUGUAGAAACGUUGCAAAAACGUUCAUUCGCGAAUAUAUUCGCUCGCGCGAUUUACGAACGAUCGACAACGAUCAUCGUACUCGUGCUAACAUCGGUAGAUUGCGGUCGUGCGGUUACGCUAUCGAUAUCGGAUGCUCAGUCUUGGCUUUCCGUCAUCUGUAUCGGUAUCGAGAUUGAACAGGAUACGUGGAACGAAACAGUGGUUUCCAAAGUGCUAAUCGAAUCCUUCGGGAACGGUCUAAUCCCUUGGAAACGAUUCGGAUCGACGGUCGUGUUUAGUUAUAAAGUAGGAACUCGUGGUUGUAGGUCAUGUAGUUUUGAAAUUUUUUAACGUUUCGCCAGCAUUGCGGUUGUUUUCAAUGGAUCCGAGAACUUUGGCAUUGGUCCUGGCGCUGUACGAUAAAACUGUCUUGCGAUGCUGGCGAAACAUCGAAACGUUCUUUGGGAAAAAGCAUGGAUUACGGGAAAGAUAUAAAUUAUGAAACGUGUGGUCGCGGAAGCUUGAAAGUUACGUAAAAGUCACGUAAAAUUUUCGUUACUUCGUUUAUAUACAUAUAAAUGGAAUAACAGAGCUAUAUGUAUCGAUUAUGCAAAAGCUUCGUUACAUAAGUUGACAAAGUUUUGUACAAAACUCUUAGGUUUAUUACGUCGUACCGGUUCAAUCGCUUGCGAUUUCUUUCCUGGUUUUGUUCGCUAAAAUUACUCUGGUCGGAUAUACGUUGCAACAAAGGAUAUUAAAAAUACGAAAUCACGAUUAUUAACAGCGAAUAAUAACGCGAAUAAAACGCAUUUCGUUCGAUGUAGAUGAAUUUUCUCAAUUACGGUAUCUUCCGAUCAAUUUUUUCAUCCCAGUUGUAGAACGAAUUUCUUUUCUCGUGGAUGCACAAAAGUUCGUAGGAUAAAGUACCAUGUACGUUCAUUGCAGCUGUAUCAUUGGCACGAGUUCGAACGAUUACAAAUUGCCCGGUACAUUCUUAUCGUGGACAAAUUUACGAGCUGUAAUGUUGCAACCGUAGUCGACUCGAAACUGUACAUUACCAUGCAUCGGUACUUGGGUAACAGAUGCAAUUUGAUCGAGCUUUUGAUAUUUUCGUUACAGUUUCGAAGAACGAUCGCGGAACAUUUUCCUAUUAUUCGUCCUCUACCUCCUCUUGUCCUAAUUGGGAUCGCGUUCCCUGCUAAAUUUUAACCAAAGUACGGAAUAUAUCCGUAUUAUCGAAUUUACGAUGUAACUAUAAAACACAGAGGUACUUUGGUCGCUUCAGGGUCCUAACGUUAAGCAGACACGUUUCAAGUUACCUGACUAACGCAGCAUCGAUUUCCAUUCAUCCUUAAUCGUUUCUCUGUUACUAUAAAUAAUUGAUAUUACUCUGUACUAAUUACACGUACAUCGCUGCCCGAGAUACGAUCAGAGACUACAGAAUUAGACGAAAAAGUUUCGUUGGAAAUACAUUUUCCAGGUUUGCGGUAAUUUGUCAGUGUCCAAAUAUUUAUGGAUGGUAGUGUACAUGGAGCAACACGAUAUGAACAUUGUGCUUUACCGUGUCGUAGCUUCGAAUUGACGGCGUCGGUGUAUUAGAGCGGUAUAACGAUGACUGCCGGUGCCGGACGAUAAAUUUUAGAAAAUCCUCGAAAUAGAAUGGCGGACGAGAGGAGUGGCUCCCUGUGAAAAAGCCAGCGGCACGACCUUGGCUCAUCUAUAGAUUGUUGCUGCGUCUAAAUUCGUACCACUCCCGUGUGCACGAACAAUCAUAAUGUUUCCGCAACGAUACAUCGUCCACCGAUGCUCCGAAAGCGCAAAGAACGAUAGACGAGCGACUUUUCUCGUGUCACGAAAUCAUUCUUGCGUCGUACUCGUGUCGAUUCGCGUUCUAGAUAUAACAACGAACAUCCGAUCUUCGAUCUUUCGCCAUACUUCAUAGUUAGAAACCCAAAACUUUACAGUUACUUACGUUCGCCUCGUUCUCGUCUAAUUAUUUUUAUCCUUCCCAUCUACGAUAAUAAUUCUUUGGCAACCGAACCGAUCUUCGCUUGAAAAUUUCUCUGUGCGACUGUGUAACUCAUUGGCAGAAUACCGUCGAUUCGCUUGGCCACGGAGCAACAGCGAGACGAUUUCUUUUGGUUGAUCGGUAUUUUUUAAACGUACAGCUAUCUAAUUAGGCGACACGAUACGACAAUCGCGCCGAACGUCGAUCGACGGUAUAGACAGGCAUCCGAUUUUCCUCUGUCCAAGUAUAACAUCCCAGGUAAUAUAAAGGAAAUCUUACUAAAGCCAUAAAUCUUGCUGCCUGUUAGCGUGCGGCUGAAACGUUGGCGAAUCGCACAGAGUGUGUUAUUGCUUAGAAAGCGAUUGUAUCGAGUUUCUUGGGCGAGAAACGCGAUGUCGUGGAACGGCGUGAGUCAGCUAGGUAAUUAACGAUUGAUCGCGAUACGUAUUUCAUUCGCCAUGGAAACGUAUAUUUACGUCCGUUCGCUUGGCUAAUAAAGAGCAGGGCGAUCUGAAAAAACGCGGCGUUCGUAAGACGGACGGGAAUCGGUUGGCGCGCAUCGCGCGCAUCGCGCUUCGGAACGGUUAAAAGGCUGCGUUUCCCGUGGCUGUUAUCUCGCUGACGGGCGUCAGAUGGUGGAUCUGUCUAGUUCACAGAUGUCACGGUGACUCGUGUUAUCGCGUGAAUUAUCUCUGAAUUUUUGCAUAAUAUUAACGCGAUGAUUCAUGCGUGUCGAACCGAAUAAAGAACCGAAUAAAACUGUUUCCUCCUCCUGCUCCUCGAAGAAGAAGAAGAAGAAGAAAAAGAAGAAGAAGAAGACGAAACGCCCGAUGGAUAUUAUUUAUCGACGGUUGUCAAAUUAUUUCUUUUUUUUACGGACCAUCUUCCCGCGAUACUUUCAUCGACGUUCUCUGCGAUAGCAACGUUUCGUCAGAGGAUGUUUCAAAGGAAGAUGUUUAUUAGGCGUCGAAUAUACCUAAUCGUUCGAUCGGAAAGUAAAAAUACAAUGAGAAUGCCGAGGCGAUGAUCUGUUCGGUAUCUGGUCCGAAAACUUUCGCUCGGAAAUAUCGCGAGUUUUCUCACAGGUGGAUCGAUCGCGAGCGGGAUAAACGCGAGGAUGAACUUCAGCUGCGAUCAAACUUCAACGGUUUAUACGUGCACGCUGUUCGUAAGAAAGAAAAAGUUUCGCUAAUUAACGACAAGUUGAAAUCUGAAAAUACGCUUUGCCGGAGAACACGGCACGUAAUUUCGUAGCGGCUUGGAUACAAAGGAAACUAAUUUCGCCACGUGUAUAAUCGACGGUUCGCGUAAUUUGCUAGCAUCGCGAUCAUUCGCUGUUCGCGUAUACUGUUUCUAACGUUUACGGCGAGGCACACAGUCCGUGGAAGACAAGUUCACCGAUUGGAACGGAAGAAGAUUUACGCCAUUCCAUCAACGGUCGAUCGAACGAUAUUAAUUCGCAGUCUACUUGUUACGCCGUUAGGUCGUAGGAGAUCGAGAUUAGAGCUGCGUGGGUCCAAAGUACGUUAAUAGGUAACACCGAUCGGCUGGAAAUCUUUAUUAAUAGCUGUGUCUCGCUAACGAACCUAUCGUGGCGCUCCUUCGCGUACGAUCGACGUGAAAAUUUUCGUACUUCCCAAGAUAGCUUGUUUCAGAUACGAGGCGCGCAGCGUUUCUACCGUCGCGUGUGAAGUCGGUACUUCUCGUUAUUUUUAGCGUGUCUCCAUCGUGCAAGUUUCUAUUUCCAACACAAAGUGGUUCCUUACCGUAGUUUAUCUCUACAUAUGCGUUAAGUUAGAAUAAUAAGCUACGCAUAUAUUUUACGAUUACCACGAGAACAAGCGGAUGUGCUCGACGAGGGUACGGUAUAUCGCGUACCGUGCCAACUCGUCGAUCGAACGCGUCGACCAACAAGUUAAAUUCGACAAAUAAAUUAAGCCGUAUCUGUCCGCCUCCCAUCCCUCAGGAAUAAGAUUCUUCUUCGACGACGCGUAAAAAUGCGAAUACUCGAUCAAGUAUUUCAUUGGGUAUCGUUGGUGACAGGUUGUAAAUUCGUACGACGCUUAUACAGCGACGAACAUCGAUACGCCGUCUUUCUUUAUCUUUGUUGAAUCUUGUACAGACGUCGGUGAAUCGUAGGAACAAUUUAUACACGACUUUGAUCUUUUAUUCGGUUGUUUGAAAAGUUCAUAGCGUCCUUUCGCCAUCAGUGUUAAUCUUCUCAACGUCUUAAAUUCGUUUAAACUAAUUUUUGCUAGCACGAGAGAAACAUAUGCACGAAUAUUUACAUAAUUUCUACAUGUCACAGGUAUAAGUAAAAAUAGAAAUAGAGAUAACUCGAUGUUCCAUAGAACGCGUACAUAUGCUCUUUUUUUUUUUUUUUUAGCAAAUGUAAUACCUUCUGUGUAAAGAAAGGAUUAAGUUCUGAUACGUAUCUGACGUUUCCGCGAAAUAUAGCGAAAUGUUGAAUUCACGCUGGUCGAACGUUAAACGCACAAAUUAAAGAGAACAGCGUUUUCUCCUCUCCUGCUCUAAAAUUUGUCCGAAACUUCGCUACGAACUGUUCCAACAAUCCCCAUAUGUAUCAGUUUAUUGUAACGCAAAAGCGUUGCUGUACUUUCCUGACGUAGUAAUACGUUUCAAAUUCAAAGAUAGCCAAAGCCGACAGAUAACAUCGACAAAUGCUUCCGUUCUUUUUGGAACGAAAAAUGUUACAUCUGUAAGCACCAGUUGUCGCAAAUUCUAUUACCUCGAUGGACGCGGAUUGUCGCGUACCUGCUCUUUUCCGAAUUGAUUCCAUUUCGAGUUACGACUCUCUUUAACGAACAAUUUUGCAGCUCGGUUGGAACUUUAUAUUCGCAACAUUUUUGCACGUUGAUUCUCGCAUUGCUUAGAAAAUUUCAUGCUCGUACGUUUAAGGGGAUGAUGAUAUAUUUAGGAAGAAAAUUAGCAAACUUUGCGUAAGCGUUCGGGUUACUGCGAAUUGUUUAACAAAGUUCGGGUGUAACAUCGAUGUAUAGUCCGUUUAUUUUGUUAAUGCGUUUUUCAACAACGGGCGGAUUUGUAGCGAUAGAAUAUAGAAAGAAGGGAUCAGAAAUGUAUGAAAACGUAAUUGUUACGUUUUACGGAUAAAAUGCCUCUGAGAAGUGGACAAUGUUUGCCGAGUUUAUAGCGAUCGUGGCGGAAAUGGAAGAAUAACGUAAAAUGUAACGAUAAAUGUUAUGCGUGAAUAUUUGAUACGUAAAUUCAUAGUUUAAUUAGAAAACUUUAAUUAAAAAAUGCAAAAAUAUCAAGUGGCACGAUUUGUUCCGAAAUUUUCAGCAUCUCGAGAUACUCUGUAUACGUGGUUCAGAAUUGAACGUUACCGAAUAGCAUCGAGUAUAAUUCGACAAAGAUACAUUUUUCUCAAUCUCUACGAAAAUACAUAAUAACAGUACGUUCUAACAUUGGUCGAUGGAUCGCGAAAUUUUAUACAUUUGCGUUAAACUCGAAAACGUGAAAAUACAUAUAGACAUAAAAUACACAAAGGACGUGAGAAUACAUAUACAGAUUCGAUUAUUACGUUUCCGUACGACGAGUUCUAGAAUCUAGACGCGAUUUUAAUUGGCUUUUCUCGCUUCAGUUUUGAACCACUCGGUCAAUUUCAUGUCAUUUUAACGUACGUCAAACGGAUAAGGGGAAAGAACAAGGAACGUUGCGAAAUAAUUUUAUCGAGGAAGAUGGUUUGAUGUUUCGGUCUGCCAAUGAGAAACAAGGUUCGGCAAGUUAAACUAUAUUGUCCAUAUUUACCAGGCGAUAUUUUUUACCAGGAAUCGGUGAAAAUACGAACAAAACGAUAAUCGUUCCGCGCUAUGUUGAUGUUUCUCCAGUUGUAAACGGUGCGCAACGGUGGAACAAAAUGAGAAAUGUCUGCUUCCAUUAUUAUCGGGACGAGAAAUAUCCAAUCGUUUUAUUAAUAUGUACUUAGGUGCGCGUCGUUGCGCGCUCGCCUGUUACGUACGUCGAUACGUACGUAAUUCGAUCUUAGACCAAGGAAAAAUAAUGGAAGUGGGAGGAAAUUGGCAAGAUUGUCUGUUUCACCGAAACGGUGGAUCUUGUUUUUAACCGGUGCGCCGAACGAUCAUUUUUAAGCAAUGUCGUUUUAAAUUCGUUUUAUAUUUCUGCUUCGUAAUCCAGCAAGCCAAGAUACGGUAUGCAUGGCAGAAUCAGCGAAAAUAGAAAUUCCAUGUUUUUUUCCCUUCGUAUCUAAAUCCGUGAUCCAUAAGCGUGCACGAACCGAUAUCGUUAUUAAUUCGUCGCUGCCAGAAUUUGAAAAACCGUCUCUUAACAACGUUGUCUGGUGUAUAGCCGAUAGCGUUUUUGGUGUACGUUUAGCGAAACUGGCAAAUUGUUUUUCCAUUCGCAUCGCCGUGCAGAGAGGCACGCGUGUAGGCAGAGCACGUAACGACCAAAGGAAGGCGAUUCCGAAUGCUUCAGGCAUUCGUCUGAACGGAACGAGUAUGCGUGAUGACCUGCCAAUUGUCGGCUCCAAUCGUUCGCAGGCUCUCGAAGCGUGCUUUUUGUUAAUAGCGCUCGUCGAAGCUCGUUAAACUAGCAGCAGGCCCAGCUGUCGUUAAAUGUGUCGUAUACGUGCUGUGUUAUCUUUCCGAUGUCGAUACACCAGUUGCAAAUAAUUAAUCCCGGUCGCCCGUGAAUCGUUUCGAGUCGUCAUCGAGCUUAACUCGCGAUUACAGCCAUCGAUCCUUUCGCUUUGAGUUUCAGCUUGACUCGGUUUAACCGUUUCUUCUUCGGUGAACGACGAACGCUCGUAGUCGUCCGUUUCGCGUCCAUUCGCCAACGAAAGUCCAGUUCGCUACCGGCAAGGAGGCACGAGGUUCGGACGUUGGACGACGCUAUUCGCGCGCCGUUUCAGGGUUAAAUCGACUCGAGCCGCAACUCCUACGAAACGAUCUCUCGAAGCCACCGCUUUCGCAAGUAGAUCGCUGUUAAAAGGGGCGAUCGUGGGUUUAAAGAGCGGACGAUUCAUUCUACGCCACAGGGUCUUCUCUUAGUGGAGCGCGGAUAGAGUUUGAUCCUUGGCAGACCCAUUCGAUUCCAGCGUUUAGCUAUCGCGAGAUGGCGAAAACCGGUGUUUCGGCGUGUAAAAACUUUCGCUUUCGCGGACCAGCUGCGAAUCCAGAGACGGAAUACACGGCGGAGGAAGUUGAAGUUGCAGAACCUCGACGAUGGAACCAAAGUCGCUUGAUACGUAUAUAUUUUUCUGGAGUGUUGGGGUCGAGAGGAAAACGUAUCGUCGUUGUGUAACUUAAACUUAAACGAAGAGAGAUCUGUACGUAACCGUUGGUUAGAUAGUCACUCGUCGUUAAAGUAGAUCGUCCACCGAGCCCAGUAGGCAAAUGUCUCGCACGAAACGACAUCUCACGCGAUCUUUCAAGAUUAUUUAAACAAAAGAAAGAAUGCUGUACCCGUUUUAGUGUACUCCUGAAUCGUUCGACCGUUAUCGUGAAGCUAUCGUUUAAGUGUCAACCUGUAUCAAGGUACCUUUUUGUGGGCCGCAUACUUAGCGUUGCUGCUGCUGUUGCUGUCGCUGUCGCUGCUGGAACAGACGCAAGAGGAAACGAAAAGAAACCCGCGAAACGAUGCUCGUGAUCGUUCGAUCGAACCGACCAUUUGCUCGCCCAGGCAUCCAGCUAGAAACUACGAACAAAGAGGCAACCGAUAUCACACGUUCUUGAUCGAGUAUCUCAGCUUCAGAUCGCCAGUUUAGCGAUGCGCGAACAAACGUAACCUGGAAGAAUCAAAAUACGCGAAUACCCGUUGCCAUGAUAUACCGUUGAAAGGAUCGUUGAACCAGCCUUUAGCGAAUACAAUAAACGUUAAACUACUUUUCAAAGCAAUAAUUAAGUGGCAAGGGACGAACGUUGAAUCGUAUCGUAUAGUAUCGUAUCGUCACUUUGAUGCACGUUUCGCUGUUUCUUUUCGAUUCGCAGCUAUCGAUCGCCCGUAAGGAUGUACCUAUAAAUUAAAUGAAUAUAAAUAUAAAUAAAUAUAUAAAUAAGUAAAUAUAUAUAUAUAUAAAUAUAACGAGAAAGAAAUAAUAAAGAAUCUAAGUGCGGAUCGAAGUCGCCGAAUUACCUGAGGUUCGCUGCAAUUCGGCCUCUUUGACGUCUAUGAUCCGUGACAAUACGGGUCAAUUGUAUAUGUAUAAAUAUAGAUAAUACUAUCGAAUCAUGAACCGAAACGUGGCUAAGUCUGUCUGUGAAUAUAAUAUCAAGUAUGUAAACAAAGAUGUGUUUUAGGCUAUUUGUAUUUAAACUAAUUUGAGCUGAUUGUUUACGUAUCCCUGGUACUUACGAGUGAUUAUACGAUAAAUACAAAUAAAUUAAUUAAAUAGUUAA